AUGAUAGACCACGUCCUAGGACGGCCUUCGGUCAAGUCUCGACGUCUACAAGUCCUCGCAGUCUUGACUUUCUGGUCUGCCUAUCUAGUCAAGGGCCACAAACAUGGUCCUCCCGGCGCGCAGUCACUCUCGAGACUCUUCUCCAAGCGUCUCACAGCCUGGCAAAUCGUCACAAUCACCAUGCUCUACCUAUACGCCGCUCGCAACUUCAGUACCCUCGUCGGACUCGCCAGCCCUGAGCCCAUGGCCAAUAUGUACGACGCCACCUACUACCGAGCCACAUGGGUCUUGACUGCGCUGGACGCAGGUUUCUGGACAGCCAUGAAGAUCAAGACGAAGUGGCUGCGCGACAUGGCGAGCAUUGUCUUCUCCCUCUUCUACCUUGUUGCUGCUGAAAAGGCAGACGAAAAGGUUCGCAAGGUGAGGGGCAUGGUCACUGUUGAGCAUUUGCGUGUCUCUUGGAAUAAGGGCACGACGCCGUAUUUGAGUUUCUUUCAGGGACUUAUGCGACCUCGUUUUAUGCGAUGGCCCCCAAGGCAGAUUCGGAUUCCGCGACCUGCCGAUAGCGACUACAAGGAACCUGUUCUCGCGUGGCUGUACUACGAUGGACCGUUAUCGGAUCUUGAGCGCCAUGAUCGGGUGAUACUCGACAUUCCGGGCGGCGGCUUUGUCGCGAUGGACCCUCGCUGUAAUGACGACAAAUUAUUUUCCUGGGCCGCCAAGUCAGGACUACCUAUUCUGAGUCUCGACUAUAAGAAGGCACCCGAAUUCCCGUAUCCAUAUGCGGUAAACGAGUGUUUUGAUGUGUACAAGACCAUCAUCAACACCAAGGGCCGAUGUAUAGGCUUGCCAGGCACAGUUGUUCCUCGGGUGAUUAUCACAGGAGACAGCGCUGGUGGUAACCUCACGGUUGCAGCGACGUUGAUGAUUAUGGAAACGAGACAUGAUGCUUUCCAAAGGCCAGGGCAAACAGAGUUGCCGCCCCCUGACGGCCUUGUUUGCUUCUAUCCAGCUUUGGAUAUGAACAUCGGAAACUGGAUGACUGACGAGCAGAUGUCUCUGAUAAAGGAUCGCAAGGCGAGAAAAACGAAUCGCAGAAUUAUGCGCCGCAAGAGCAUGCAGUACAAUGAGGUCUUGGGAACGCCUCAUCACUCUGAUGAUGACGAAGAUGGAUCGCCACCACCGCAUGCGAAACUAAAUGGCCUAGCGGCAAAGGAAGCACUGAUUGCAGCAUCUCAAGGGCCUAAAAGCCCACACCCAGAGUUCUCUCACGUUGGUCCUCGAUCUUUGAGCUUUCCCAAGGAGGUACCAGAGCCCAAUGGAAAGGUAGCAGCACACCAUGUCGAACCGAUGAAGACGCGACUAGCUACUUCAUCAAUGAUCUCAUACUUCAACGACCGAGUUCUCACACCAGAGAUGAUGAGGGCCAUGAUCAUUUUAUAUAUCGGCGCACACAACCGACCAGACUUCAGCCAAGACUACCUCCUCAGCCCUGUGCUGGCACCUGAGGCUUUACUGGUCGAUUUCCCCAAAACAUACUUCAUGACGGGAGAACGAGAUCCUCUGGUUGAUGACACAGUCAUCUUUGCUGGACGGCUUCGCCGCGCCAAAGAAGCUGCGUUCGUCCAGGAUAAGUCAGGACGACAUGGUGGAGAGACCGAGUUCAACGAUCGAGAUGCGGCUGAAGUGAUGCUGAUUCCCGGUACAUCCCACGGCUUCAUGCAAUUCCCGACGCUGUAUCCUCCUGCUUGGAGGCAUUUCGAGCGAUGCAUCGAGUGGUUCGACCAGCUCUUUGACCACGCAGAAGUUACGCGCGUGCGUAAAAGUCGACAAGCCAGGGCCGCCGACUCACAAACCAACGGCUUCGGGGUCAACGGCGACGGCCGCCACCAUCUACGUACCGAAUCCAGCGGCGAGGAAGACAAGCCGCUCGAGAUCAGCAUGACAAAGAUGAACCAGCGUCGAAGCUCCAACCAGACAACGCCACAGCAGAACCCAGCGUCCCCAGAGAUGAACGGGAGUGAAGACACGACAAGCGGGGUUCAAACUAAUGGCGAGAAGAACACCAAGAGCGGAUCUAGACGGAAGAGUGUGGGCUUGAGCAAGAGCAAGAAUAGAAACAAGAGCUUCGUCAAGCUCAAGAGUUCUGAUGAUUUGCUUGGACGGCGUAUGCAGGGGCUUGCGAGCGGGUUGACGGGAAUGGGUGAAGAGGAUUGA